CUCAUAAAUUGCACACUAGACCGACGUACGCCAUUAUCGGUUGUCUAUUAAUUCCCCGUAAUUUGUUACUUUUCCGUCGACAUUCUGCCAAAAAACAUCGGAAAAGCCCGCAGGAGUGCUCGCAUGUGCUCCGCUUCGUGUUAGUGCAACGCAAAACCUGAAAAUUGUAUACGAAAAAUUAAUCUAAAGUUUUUAGCAGUACAUUUGUACACACACGGAAAAAAGUUGUUCAAUUUUGCGGAUAUUUCGCCGUAAAAUUACCUCAAAACAGGACAAAAAAGUGCAGAAAGUGCGUUAUAUGCCGCAAGUCAUCGUUCCUCAGUGAUUUCAGAUAAAAACGCACAAUGGAAGCUCACAAUAUGGCACAUGGCGGUUUGAUGCCGCCCCAAGGAUAUAACAUGGGAGGCGACAAUGUCUCGGACAAUGACCCACGCAAGCAGGAUAUCGCCGAAAUUUUGCAACAAAUUAUGAAUAUCACAGAUCAGAGCUUGGAUGAGGCACAAGCGAGAAAACAUACGCUCAAUUGUCACAGAAUGAAGCCGGUGUUGUUUGCCGUUUUGUGUGAAAUUAAGGAAAAGACUGUUUUGUCACUUCGCAACACACAAGAGGAAGAUCCCCCAGAUCCGCAAUUGAUGCGUUUGGACAACAUGCUGAUCGCAGAGGGCGUUGCUGGUCCCGAAAAGGGCGGCGGCGUAAAUGCUGCCGCUUCCGCAUCUGCCGCCACGGACAAUUCCCCGUUUCCAGAUUCGUAUUCGUCGGAUUUGGGAGGCGACAAUGCCAUCGAGCACUCCGAUUAUCGUGCCAAGUUGGCGCAAAUCCGACAAAUUUACCAUCAGGAGUUGGAAAAGUACGAGCAGGCAUGCAGCGAGUUUACGACGCACGUCAUGAAUUUGUUGCGCGAACAAAGUCGCACGCGUCCCAUUACGCCGAAGGAAAUUGAGCGCAUGGUGCAAAUUAUCCAUCGGAAAUUCAGCUCGAUUCAGAUGCAAUUGAAGCAGUCGACUUGCGAGGCGGUUAUGAUUUUGCGUUCGCGUUUCUUGGAUGCGCGUCGGAAGAGACGUAACUUUAGCAAACAGGCGUCGGAGAUCUUGAACGAAUACUUCUACAGUCACCUAAGCAAUCCGUAUCCGUCGGAGGAGGCGAAGGAGGAGCUCGCACGCAAAUGUGGCAUUACCGUUUCGCAAGUUUCCAAUUGGUUCGGCAACAAGCGAAUUCGCUACAAGAAGAACAUUGGCAAAGCGCAGGAAGAAGCCAACUUGUAUGCCGCCAAGAAAGCCGCUGGCGCAUCGCCAUAUUCCAUGGGAGGUCCUCCAAGCGGAGCUGCUACCCCAAUGAUGUCACCUGCACCCACGCAAGACGGCAUGGGCUACGGAAUGGGCGGCGGCUACGACCAACAACAAGGUUACGACGGCAGCAUGGGAUACGAUCCGAUGGGCCAUCAAGAUUUGAGUCCCUGAGAUGUCAAGUAUUACGAUAACAAGCCCAGUAAUAAUUAGAGAGAAGAAUGAAAGAAAAGUAAGAGGAAAUCAAUAAUAUUUAUAUACUAAAAAAAAACUUCUACAACUAACAAAACUACUAUUCUACUACUACUUAUUAAAACCUUGUAUUUCUGUAUCGCUUAUAGAAUUCGUCAUAAUCGCGAAAAAAAACUUCAAAAAAUCUUUGGAACGAAAAAUUUUAUUUUUUUAGGUAAAAAAAAAAAUUUACCAAUAAUUAGCGAAUUUUUUCUUCAUUUAGAUCUUAGUUUUUAAGCAUAGUAUGCUUUAGAAUUAUUUUUUAUCGCAAUUUUAUCAAUUUAUCGUUUAAAUUUAGUUUUAAGGCAAAAAUAAUAUUUUAUGUUAAAAUGAGUUUGAAUUCAUGGAUUCUCACUCAAAUUAUAAGUGUCUAUGCCUGAAGUUAGUAUUUUAGUUACAUUUUUUCAUGAUUUCUCGAAUAAAUCUUCCAAAUUUUUUUAAAAUUAUUUUUAUCCAGCUCGAUGAACUCAUGUAUACUAAAAAAAACACCCAAAAGUUGUUAAAAAAAUGAAGCAAUUUUUAAAGAAAAAAUUGUUCUCGAAAAAUUAACGAAAUAUGAAGUUGAAAUUCAAAAC